AUCCUUCACCAUGAAUCCCAAUUUUAUUUCUAGCUCUUCAUCUUCUGAUGAAGAUGAUGAAAAUUCUCAUAUGAUAUACACUUACAACCAAUUUAUACAGGAUAUGCAACGUAGAAUCGACAACAACAAUGUGUUGAUUCAAUACCUUCGUGACCAUCAAAGUCCACAAAUAUAUCUUGGAUCAGUUCCAGGGCAUAUUGUCAUCAACCGUGACCGAGAGGGUGCUCACGCUAGAUUGUACAAUGAUUAUUUUGCUGAUAAUCCAUUGUAUAAUGAAACCAUGUUUCGUAGGAGAUUCCAGAUGUCUCGUCUAUUGUUCCUUCGUAUUGUGGAUGCAGUUAAGGAACACGAUGACUACUUCGUGCAACGACCAGAUGGAACCAGAAGGCUUGGACAAUCAUCUCUUCAAAAGGGAUGCUAGGUAGUUUAGA